AUUUUCAUAAUUUUUAGAGCUUUAAUUAUUUUUAAUGUUGUCAAAAAAUGAUUUAAUGUCAAGAUAAUGCUGAGUUAAACUACCUACUUUUUUAUGCCAUGAUUAUAAAGAAUAUUUGUUUUCAAGACACAGAAAGCAUUAAGUUUCAGACCCUAAUGUGACCCCUUACUUAGACUCAUAUUUGCGUGCCCUUCUAAAAAGGCAAAUAUGCUAUUUUUUGAGCUCAUAAUGAGGGUUACAACUCAGAAUUCUGAGACUUUUUUGACCCUAAAAUGAGUCCGAAUUUUUGUAGGGUAUAAAGUUUAAAACGCUUUAACGUAUUUUAUUUUGACGCAAUGCUUUGUUUGUUAUCAUAAUACACAGGCCCUCUAAGGGAGGCGUUACUGAAGGUGAAGGAGGAGCCACUCAGGCAGCUGUGGAACUUCGUUUCUCAUACUCACUUCUCGAAAAGCUUAUACAAUACUUGGAUCGAGCUACAAUCAAUAUGAAGCUACUUAAGCCAUCAACGACAUUUAGUAGAAGAUCUUCCUUCAAAACAGCUUCUCGGGAUAUUAAAUUCUUUUCUAAAGUAGUACUCCCUCUAAUGGAAAAGUAUUUCUCCACACAUCGUAACUAUUUUGUUGCAAUGGCAACAGCAACUAACAUAACAGGAGCAGCAUCUUUAAAAGAAAAGGAAAUGGUUGCAUCAAUAUUUUGCAAGUUGGCAUCGCUUCUGCGGAAUCGUCUCAGUGCUUUUGGACCGGAUGUAAGAAUUACUGUCAGAUGCCUUCAAGUAUUGGUAAAGGGCAUAGAUGCUAAAACUCUGGUAAAAAACUGCCCAGAGUUCAUAAGAACUUCUAUGUUAACAUUUUUCAAUCAAACUGCUGAUGAUCUUGGUAAUACUAUUCUUAACUUACAAGAGGGCAAAUAUAGUCAUCUUCGGGGCACCCACCUUAAGACGUCAACUUCGUUAGGCUAUGUCAACCAAGUGGUACUGCCUGCGUUAACAGCCAUGUUUGAUCAUUUAGCCGCUUGUGACUAUGGCAGUGAUCUUCUUUUGGACGAGAUACAAGUGGCUUCAUACAAAAUAUUAGCGGCUUUAUACCACCUCGGUACUGAUGGGACACUAACACAUGAUCGCAAAUAUCUUAAAACCGAAAUAGAGAGACAUAGACCUGCUUUGGGCUCGUGCUUAGGUGCAUUUAGCUCCUGCUUCCCUGUAGCUUUCUUAGAACCACAUCUCAACAAGCAUAAUCAAUAUUCUCUACUUAAUCGUAUUGCAGAUCAUUCAUUAGAAGCCCAAGAUAUAAUGGUGCGAAUGGAAAGUUGCAUGCCCAACUUAGAAGCUAUUCUUGGAGAGGUUGACCUCUUUGUUGAAUCGGAAAAAACAUAUACCGAUGCACCGCAUAUAAUAGAUGUUAUCCUACCCCUACUUUGUGCCUACCUUCCCUUUUGGUGGGCACAGGGACCAGAUAACGUAAGCCCCACUAGUGGUAAUCAUGUUACCAUGGUUACUGCAGACCAUAUGAACUCACUUUUACGUAACGUUUUGAAAAUGAUCAAGAAGAAUAUUGGGAAUGAUAAUGCACCCUGGAUGACAAGAAUCGCUGCAUAUACACAGCAAAUAAUAAUUAAUACCUCCGAAGAGUUGUUAAAGGAUCCAUUCCUUCCGCUAGCAGAACGUGUAAAGAAACGGACAGAAAACAUGUUUCACAAAGAAGAGAGUAUGCGCGGCUUUAUUAAAUCAGCUACGGACGACACCUCCCAAGUUGAAACCCAGUUGCAAGAAGAUUGGCAACUACUUGUCCGUGAUAUUUAUUCGUUUUACCCACUUCUUAUUAAAUAUGUCGACUUGCAGCGAAAUCAUUGGCUUAAAGACAACAUACCUGAAGCUGAGGACCUCUACAACCAUGUUGCUGAAAUAUUCAACAUAUGGUCUAAAAGUCAAUACUUUUUAAAGGAGGAGCAAAAUUUCAUUUCGACCAACGAAAUCGACAACAUGGCGCUUAUUAUGCCAACAGCAACAAGACGAUCUGCUAUUACUGAAGGAGCUCCGGUAACUGGAGGCAAAGUUAAAAAGAAGAAGAAAAACAGAGAUAAGAAACGUGAUAAAGAUAAGGAGGUUCAGGCCAGUCUAAUGGUAGCUUGUUUGAAGCGUUUGCUUCCAGUUGGUUUAAAUUUAUUUGCUGGUCGGGAGCAGGAACUCGUGCAACAUUGCAAAGAUCGCUAUUUAAAAAAAAUGCAAGAGUAUGAUGUCAUCGAAUUUGCAAGAAAUCAGUUAACGUUGCCUGACAAAUUGGACCCCUCAGAUGAAAUGUCAUGGCAACACUAUCUCUACUCAAAAUUAGGUAAACGAGAGGAACUUGCAGAUGAACAAUCACUUGAAAAGGCCUCAAAUCAAAAUGAUAAGAACAAAGACAAAACGCAGGAAACUGUCGACCGAAUAGUAGCCAUGGCCAAAGUACUUUUCGGAUUGCAUAUGAUUGACCAUCCCCAACAACAAAGCAAGAACGUCUACAGGAGUGUUGUAUCUAUACAAAGGAAACGUGCCGUUAUUGCAUGUUUCCGCCAGACGUCUCUACAUUCUCUACCCAGACAUCGGGCUUGCAAUAUUUUUGCGCGAUCUUACUACGAACAAUGGCUUCAGGAAGAAAAUGUAGGCCAAGAGGUAAUGAUUGAAGAUUUGACACAAACGUUUGAGGAAUCGGAGAAAUCGAAGAAAGACGAAGAAGAGUCCGAAGGUAAGCCAGAUCCUCUAACGCAAUUGGUUACCACGUUCUGUAGAGGGGCCAUGACCGAAAGGAGUGGAGCUUUGCAAGAGGACUUGCUCUACAUGUCAUACGCACAAAUAGCCGCAAAGUCUUGUGGAGAAGAAGAAGAAGAAGGUGGUGAUGAAGAAGGAGGCGGAGAGGGUGGGGAAGAAGGCGCUAGCAUACAU